AUGCACUCCGCCCCUGCACGAGGGCUGGUUCGCCUGCCCGUGCACCGGGCCCUUCCCGUCAUCGUCUCCUCCAUUGGAGUUUCGACGCCAUCAUGCGUCGGCUUCAAUGAGAAGAACCGCUUCCCGGCUGCUAUCCAGCGCCGUUCCAUCCACAACUCCGAGCGCAUGGCCAUCAGCUCCUCGGACCGCCGCACCAACACUCUUGCUGAGCUGCCCACCGUCGAUCCUACCACUCAACCACCCAGCUCCGAGCCCAAGAGCGCGCCUCUGUCGGUUCUGCCACUGUCCAUGAUUGUCCGCUCCCUUCUCACCACCGUCGUCUCUUCUUCUCCCGUCCUCCUACCUCCUUCGCUCCGCAUCAUGUCUGUCCUUGCCAACACUCGCAACCCCAUCCUCAACCCUGACAAGAACCCUCUUCUCCGCUUCUUCCUCAAGAAGACCUUCUACGCCCAGUUCUGUGCUGGCGAGAGCCCCGCCGAAGUUCAGGCCACCAUUUCCCGCCUCAAGAACAUUGGCUUCAGCGGCGUCAUCCUUGGCUACGCCAAGGAAGUCGUGCUGACUCAGGACCAGGCCGUUGCCGUUGCCGCCGAGGACCAAGGAAAGGAGACUGCUGCCGAUAUUGCCAACGAGAUUGAGCCCUGGGCUCACGGCACCCUCGAGACUGUCGCCCUCGCCGAGCCUGGUGACUAUGUCGCCCUCAAGUUCACGGGCGCUGGCCGCCUUGCCCUCUACCAGCUUUCGCAGAAUAACGAGCCUUCCCCUUACCUGUACAAGUCCAUUGACGCCAUCUGCGCUCUUGCCCACCAGCGCGGUGUCCGUCUUCUGUUUGACGCUGAGCAGGACGCUCUUCAGGAUGGCAUCGACAGCUGGACCAUGACCUUUGCUCGCAAGUACAACACCUCUCCCGAGACUGCCACCGUCUAUGGCACAUACCAGGCAUACAAGAAGAAGACUCCUGCCGUCAUCGCUCGCCACUUGGCCGAGGCCAAGGAGGGCGGCUUCAGCCUUGGUGUCAAGCUGGUCCGUGGUGCCUACCUCAACUCUGACCCCCGCCACUGCUUCUGGGAGACGCAGCAGGGCACCGAUGACUGCUACAACGGUAUUGCUGCUGGUAUCCUCACCCGCCACUGGGGUCCUAUGGUCGAGGGCAAGGGUAAAUUCCCCAACGCCCACGUGGUCCUUGCUACCCACAACGCCGAGUCUGUUCGCCGUGCCCGCGCCAUCUGCGAUGCUGGCGGUGCCAAGUCGGGCAUUGCUUUUGCUCAGCUUCAGGGCAUGGCUGAUGAGGUCAGCUGCGAGCUUGUCGAGGCCGGCCACGCCAACAAGUCCUCUGACCUUCCCGUCUUCAAGUACCUCGUCUGGGGAACCACUGGCGAGUGUAUGAAGUACCUCCUGCGCCGUGCAAACGAGAACAAGGACGCCGUUGGCCGCACCCGCAGCGGUCGUGAUGCCAUGUGGUCCGAACUCGUUCGCCGCUGCAAGACUGCUGUCGGUUUUGCUUAA